UUAAAAGAAAUAAUCUCUCUUAAAUAUUUUAUUACAGAACACAUUUUUAACACCAGUAAAAGGUUUUGGAAGACGCUCGGCACGAAGUUCGUCACGAUCGUCAUGAACGAGACCACCUUAAACCUCUGUGAUGCGGAAGGUGCCGAGGCCGUGAUGGUCAGCUCCAAGCACAUCAAGAAGGGCCCGUUGUACACGUUUCUCACGCAGUGGCUGGGAUACGGCCUGCUCACAAAUUUCGGACCCUCUUGGCACCACCGCAGGAAGCUGUUGACCCCCGCCUUCCACUUCAAGAUUCUGGACGAGUUCGGCCCCCUGCUACAGAAUCACGCGCAGCGGCUGGUGGACAACCUGGCCGACCUCGUAGCCAAGACUAAAGGACCCGUGGACGUCGUCCCUCCGGUCUCCAAGGCCACCCUCGGGAGCAUUUGCGAAACUGCAAUGGGGGUGAACCUGCACGCGCUCGGGAAGGAGGAAGAGUACUUCGAGUGCGUCCGCAUCAUGGGGUGUUCCGUGCUCUACCGCAUGAUCCGUCCAUGGCUGUGGAGAGACGUCGUCUUCAACCUCACGCAGCACGGCAGGGAAACCAAACAGGCUAUGGACAAGCUGCACAAUUUCACCAAGCAGGUGAUUCAGGAGCGCAAACGAAGCCACGCCAGCACCGGCGCGAGUAUUCUCGACGGAGAUGGUAAAAGGCUGGGAAAGAGGCGACUCGCGUUCCUGGACAUGAUGCUCGCCGCCCAGAGAGAAGACCCCACCCUCACGGACGACGACAUCCGACAGGAAGUGGACACCUUCAUGUUCGAAGGACACGAAACCACGGCAAUGGCGAUCAGCUGGACACUAUUCUUGUUGGGAAACCACCCGGAGGUGCAGCAACGGGUUCGGGAGGAGGCCCAGGAGGCAGGCGACGAUUGGCAGGCCGUCGUGGCUCUACCCUACCUCGAGAAGGUGGUGAAGGAGAGCCUGCGCCUGUACCCACCGGUGCUGUACAUCGCGCGUGAGAACGACAGGGGAAUACAGAUCGGCGACAAGUGGGUGCCUGCGAACGUGAACCUGGACCUGCAGAUCUUCAUGAUUCACCGUGACCCCAACAACUUCCCGGACCCAGACAAGUUCGACCCCGAGCGUUUCAGCCCCGAGCAGGAGCGGGCGCGGCACCCUUUUGCCUUCGUGCCCUUUAGCGGGGGGCUCCGCAACUGCAUUGGUCGUCGCUAUGCCAUGAUGGAGCUGAAGAUCAUGCUGGCCGCUCUGGUGAAGACAUUCUCUUUUAAGUCAGUCCUCUCUGAGAAGGAAAUGGAGUUCAAACCCGAGCUAGUCUUGCGGCCGAAAGGAGGCAUAGUUACUAAUGUCACACCGCUUCUAUGAAGUCUAGUCUAAGUACCUGAUCCAAUGUUUAAUUACUGUUAUUUUUACGUUUUGUCAUUGUAAUUGUCUAAUUACGAAUGUAAUGAAAACUAAAACAUGUCAUGAUGUUGUAGCAAAACAAGUUAGAUGACUCUUUCUGAACAACUUUCCGUUAUCAGUUUUUGGCGCCACAAUGAUUAGAGGGGUGUAUUUACCGGUACCUGUUUGACCGAUGCUGAAAACAUGAGUCAGGAAAUUAUAGUGUGUGCAUGUUGAAUUUUUUGUAGGUGACUUGGUUCUGAAUUUACAAUUAGCAAACAUGUGCAACUGUUUUGUUUAAAUACUCAUUUCUUAUCGCCAAAAGUUAUUUUCUGAGAGAUUUUCUUCGUUUUUACCUUAAUUUGUUGACUGAGAUCAAGGUGACUGAGAUCUAGCGACAAGUUCCUGGACAAGUGAAAACUUACUUGACAUUGGUAAUGUUUAAUCAUUAAAUGUGAUAUAAGAGUUAUAAUAGCAAUAUAUAGACAGUACACAAUAAUGUACCAUGUGGUUUCGUAAAUGUAUUUUUCAUUUAUUUUUGUUUUUGAGGACUCAUUUUUAUGUUAAUGAAAGCUUUCGAGAUGGUUUCUAUUUGUAAAAUAAUAAUAAAAAAACACGAAUCGUCUGAAGCAAAAAAACUAUUAAGUUUGGUGCCUUUAUUGACUUUGAACUUUUUCUUUCAUAAUUACCAUAUUCAGGAGAAACUAAUGAGGGUUUGCAAAUCAACAAAAUCAAACCAUUUUUUGCAUCUAUAAUUUUUUUUAGAUUUUCUUUAAAGAAAUUACUGUAGACACUAGCACUCCACACUCCACUAAACAAAGGCGACCUCUCGCAAGAUUCUGAAGUUCACCCGUCAGCCGUGUCGUGAGUACAUUUUGAACCACAACCCGCCGACGCAAACUUUGCCGCCGAAAACGCAUAGCCUCAUAGCCUCUCUAGCCUCGGCCAGGGCCACCGUCGUCUCGCCUAUCGAUCUUCGUUCAAGCUCGCUUAGGUUCAACCAGGUCUUUUAAAUUGAGUCACACCUAGUCCAGAUGUAUUCACUAAGUAAAAACGUAGUAUUUGAUCCUCUCCGUUGGUUUCUGUUGUUGAUCAAGUAUCAUUAUCAACUACUAUCUCAAAACCCCCGCCUCAAGUAAAUUAAGUUGGCAACACUGUCAUUUUGCCGAAAUGUUAUUAUGGACAAGGCUCUUUUUCCAGAUUCUGCUAGCAGAAAACAUUGUAAAGUGCUUCAAAGACCCCUGUCAAAUUCUUCAUGACAAAUGGAUUUGUCGAACAUUUACUACUUAAUGGCUUAUUUCGAGAUGUGAAUUGUGAUUUGGAUCAACUCCUCGACGGAGAGGUAUCAUGAAAGUAAGCGGCAAUUGUGUAUAGAUCACAUGUUGGCAACAGAAAAGAUAUACUGCCUCAACACUAAAAGGCCCGCUGUUGUAAUCAUCAAUAUAUGGUCGGCGCGGGGUCCAUGGCCAGGCCGGCGAGGCCCCCCGGGCGGCAGGGGAAGGCACGGGGCCCGGGGGCGGCCCUGGGGGCGGAGGGGGUGGCUUACGCGCUGCGAAGGACAGGCGCCAGCAGCCGCCCCAUCCGGCCGGGGCCGCCCCCCGGGGCCCGCCGCCCCCCCGCUCCCGGAGCCGCCCCCAGCAGGACCACCUCCGCCAGCUCCCGCUCUCGCUCGCAGCGCGUCUCGCGGAGCAAAGUGCUGAAGAUGCUGGCUGCGAUGGAACAGACCCCCAACACGAGCCGAGACCCCGUGGAGGACUUCCUGACGACGGGCCGGACGGGCCGGCGGAACGCCAUGGCGGACAUCCUGGGCCAGCACGCCAGCACGGGCAGCGGCGACCUGAGCGAGCGCAUGGAGGGGCUGACCACCGAGCAGAUGGCUGCCGCGCCGUCAACCUCUGCGGCGGCCGCGGCCGGCCAGCCCGGGGCCACGGCCCCCGGAGCGACCGCCCCCUCGGACGCAGGCCCCUCGAAGGAGGCGGGGAGAUGAGCGCGCCGCGGCACCGCCGCCCCCGCCGUUGUGUACGUCUGCGCGGACGCGCUGCCCCGGUAUGCCAGCGGAGCCAGCGGUACCCGGAGCGGGCCCGGGCCGGUGCGACCCACCCGACUGGGACACCGGCCGCGGGGCCGAGGCCGCCGUCAGGGCCGGCGUCAGGGCCCCCGCCAUGCUGGUGGCCGGGGGCUGGACAGCUGUUCAGCGCACUCAUUACGAACAUUUCGUGACGACUCUGAACACCACCUCGGUUGCAGCAGCAGCAGCUCUUCCCCUCUCCGCCUCACCGUCUGCGGCUCUGGUAUCGGACGAAGGGAAUAGCCCCUAGUGCUAUCAAAUAUCAAAUCUGCAAAAUGGAAUUUCAGAUUUUGAACACCGUUGUGAAGUUUGAUUUGUUUCGGCCGGGCUGGACUGGAGCUGGGUCCUCGAGCCGCGCUUCGUCUCUCCGAAGCGCGAUCUCGGUCGUCAGGCGCGGGUUCGAAGCCACACGUUGACUGACAUGGGUUUUUGUUUUGUGGGCCUGUAGUGUUGCGCACUUUGGCGGCGCGUGCCGCGCACGUGUAAGCAAAGCAUGUUGUUUAGCUAGUACAGUACUUGUCUCGCACGCUCGCACACUAGUCGAGUUGACUUGAAGAAGACCACGGGUGCGUGCGGCUUUCGGACGGAUAUUACCUAUUUGCGUGGAAUAUUUCGAACAGCGCGGGGUUUUCUGCUCGGCCGUCAGAACAUAGGGCCGUUCUGAUGGCUCGGCAGGCGUCACUACUGUUACUUCGCCUGCUGCAAAGUGUCGCCGCGGCUUCAAGCUCGGUGGAAGUUUUUGUAACAGCUCUAUCUUCGCCGUCUGAAAUCUGCGCUUACCUGUGAACGCUCUUGUUUGUAACUGAAACCUGUUUUUGUACCUCGUCGUAUUUCCCAAAUCCCCAGUGAUAUUACGUAAUCUCGCGUCACUCUUCUCUAUGACAUUGUGGCUGCUUAGUGGUAGAACUCGGAUGGACUGUGAUUGUUUAUAACUGAUUAUUAAGUAGUACUUCGUUUUUCUUUUGUUUUUUUAUUGCCUUAAAUGUGUCGCAUGCGCAAACAACCAUGUCGUGGUCAGCACGCGGCAGAAUAUCACUGAGAUUAUAUAGUCAAUGUUAACAGUCUGAUUUUUUUAAACAUUUCUUUAGCGACAAAAAUGUCACUAUCCUUGCCAUGUAGAGUUUACCGUAUUCCAGUUUUUCUUAGGGAUAGAGUGUACCGUGGGCCAUCUAUACAAUGAGUGACUUUGCUUUUACUCUCUUGACUGUUGCAAUACUUAAACAACCCGGUGAAAAACCAAAAAAAUUAAAAAUAAUAAUAAUUAAAAACGUUGUUAAAGAUCUUCUUUUUUCUCUGAUGUUACUUGUUGCUUUGAGAAUUUUAUGUGUGUGAUUGUCAAUUUAUUAUUCUGCAAUACUAAGUCAUGUUCUGAAUAGGCGCCCCUCUCUCUAAUCGUAUUCCGAUUACUAGCACAUUGCUGUAACUAUGUAUCUGCUAUAAAUGUGGCUGGAUCAAACAGACUAGAACAAAAUACAAGUAUAUUUUUUCAUUAUUUUGUACAAAGGCUUAUUAUUGCCUGAUCAUUACAAUUGGACAGUUUCUUUUUAAAACCUUUAAUGACUAUGCAACUUGCCAAUUUUCUGGACCUUGAUCUGUGAAUAGCUUCAAUACAGAAUUGCUAAGCAAAAUAAUAUAAGUUUAAGCUUUUUUGAUUAGUUGAGUGGAGAGAGGGAAAAAGCGAUGAUUUUGUAAAUCCGGACAGAGAACAAUAAAUACAUAAUGGAAUUAUACAUCACCUAAGCCAAUCCUGUAUUUCUAGAGUUUUAUGGGCCAGUCACUAUAAAUGUUAUAGUAAAAGUAUUUAAUUAUGAUGAGUGUUGAAUCGGAGGCCGAGACUACAUUGUGUUAGUGAUCAUGAAAAAUUGUGAAACAUGUUUUGUAAUUGUAUUUAAAUGCAUAUGUACUAAACAAUAAAAAGUUCAUUGUAUUAUA